AUGACGUCUUCAGCCGGAUUUCAAGCCGCGUUCUCAGCAAACUCUGGCUCUGAGGUGGAUGACUCGGCGGCGACUCAUCUUGGGUGCGGUGGAAGUGGGGCUGAGUUUUGGGGGGAUUCUGUUGAGUCGACUCAGACCGAAUUGGUCCCGGGUUACACCGCCAUAACAACAACAGCAACAAUGGCGGGAGUUUGUCGCUUUCUUUGCUUCGCCAAAAGGUUUGUGUUAGAAUUUGGUUUGAUUUUUGAUGAGUAUGCAGUUGGUGUUAUGAUCGUUGAUCAAGUAGGCUGUUUGUUGAUAUGCAAUCCUCACAAAGUUGUAGCCCAGAGUAGACCAAAUGAUGAUGAUGAGGACGAUGAUGAAGACGACGAAGACGAUGAAGAGCAACAAAUGCAGAUAAAAGAUGAAACAGAAACCAACCUUAUAAAUCUCCGAAGAACUAUAUAUUUAACAAUUAUGUCCAGUGUAGAUUUUGAAGAAGCUGGCCACAAAUUGCUGAAAAUCAAACUUGAGCCUGGGCAAGAGAUGGAGUUGAAUAUAAUAUUAUUGGAGUGCUGCAGCCAGGAGAGGACAUAUCUCAGAUAUUAUGGUCUGUUAGGCCAAAGGUUUUGUAUGCUCAACAGAGUGUAUCAGGAGAAUUUUGAAAAGUUUGAUUUUCCCAAGUUGAUUUUCGGAUAAUUGCAUGUUUUUUGGGUUGAUUGUUCCUGGGAAGAAGAGAGA